UCUCAAUCCCCACCCACUAUCAAAGUCUCUCACUCUUCUUCAAAUCUUGUCUUCAAAGCUUAAUUCUAACCGCGUCGAUGGCUCGUACCAAACAAACAGCCCGUAAAUCCACUGGCGGCAAGGCUCCCCGGAAGCAAUUGGCGACGAAGGCUGCUCGGAAGUCGGCUCCGGCGACCGGAGGCGUAAAGAAGCCGCACAGAUUCAGGCCGGGGACAGUGGCGCUGAGGGAGAUUAGAAAGUACCAGAAGAGCACGGAGCUUCUGAUCCGAAAGCUUCCGUUCCAGCGGCUAGUUAGAGAGAUCGCUCAGGAUUUCAAGACGGAUCUUCGGUUCCAGAGCAGCGCUGUUUCGGCGUUGCAGGAGGCGGCGGAGGCGUAUCUCGUCGGAUUGUUUGAAGAUACAAAUCUCUGUGCGAUUCAUGCUAAGAGAGUUACGAUUAUGCCCAAAGAUAUUCAAUUGGCCAGGCGGAUUAGAGGUGAGAGAGCUUAGACAGCUAUGGAGUUAUCGAAUGCUGAUGGAAUAUUCUAGUUGGAGUAAACGGACUGUGUAUCAAUGGCGUUUGGGAAGUAAUUUGAUUUGUAGAAUCGUAGUUUAGUUCUUACUUUUCCUUUGGAUCUUGUUAUUUCUUGGAACUGAAAUCGCAUCUUGGCAAGAUCGGUGAAUGGUUUAAAUGAAAAAUCAAAUUUAAUUUCUUUACAA